AAAACAUAGGCUAUAAUCACGGUUUAUUACAACUAAAUGAGCAUAAUAUCUGAUUUAACUGAACUUGGUGUGUUUGUGUUGUAGGUAAUAGGCUAAGUAAUACCCGUCUCCAUUGACUCUGCGCUUCCGACUGAACAACUCAUGAAUAUUUAAGUAGGUACAGCCGCCAUAAGACCUGCCUCAUGCAGCAGCGGGUCUUCAUUCAGCAUCCAUCCACGCAACGUCUCACUGCGCUUGCGUCAGACUUUUGAACGGCGUGCAGCUCUUUUUUUGCAGACAGACAUUAGACAGACAGUUUCAUUUCAAAGAGGGAAAGAUGGCACUGAGAGGAUCGUUGUUCCGACUGCUCAAAACUCAACUAAACCACACUUGCCAGCAAAGCAGAGCGCAAUCCGUGGCUGUUCUUGGCGCUCCUUUCUCCAGGGGACAGAAAAGAAGAGGCGUAGAGCAUGGACCUAAAGUGAUACGAGAUGCCGGGCUGAUCGAGAGACUGUCCGCUUUAGACUACUCUGUCCAUGACUUUGGGGACCUGAAGUUUCCCAAAAUUGAGAGUGAUGAACCCUACAUGGAGGUGAAGUCCCCGCGCACUGUGGGAGCAGCCACUAAGAAACUGUCCGGAGCAGUGAGCAGAGCCAUAGGCGCUGGACACACCCUGAUUAUGCUGGGAGGGGAUCACAGUCUUGCCAUGGGGUCGGUAGAAGGACACGCCCAGCAGUGUCCCGACCUGUGUCUGAUUUGGGUGGACGCUCACGCAGACAUCAACACACCCAUGACCUCCCCUUCUGGAAAUAUGCACGGACAACCUGUGGCUUUCAUGCUUAAAGAGUUACAAAACAAGGUCCCAGAUCUGCCAGGAUUUGGGUGGAUGAAACCAUUCCUUACCUCAAGAGACAUAGUGUACAUUGGAUUGAGAGAUGUCGACCCUGGGGAGCAUCACAUAUUGAAAAACCUUGGCAUUCAGUACUUCUCCACGAGAGACAUCGACAGACUUGGCAUUCAGAGAGUCAUGGAGGUCACUCUUGAUAAUCUUCUGGGCAGACAACAGCGUCCGAUCCACCUGAGUUUUGACAUUGAUGCGUUUGACCCUGCACUUGCCCCUGCCACUGGGACUCCGGUGAACGGGGGUUUGACCUAUAGAGAGGGCAUCUACAUCACAGAGGAAAUACACAACACAGGCCUGCUGUCUGCCAUGGACCUUGUGGAAGUGAACCCUAUUCUGGGCGCGACUCCUGAAGCCAUCGAGGCCACUGCGUCUUUAGCCGUGGACGUCAUCGCGUCAUCCCUGGGGCAGACGAGAGAGGGCGCUCACGCUCCCCUACACGAGAUCCCCGCCGCGAAUGCAGAGGACACAGAACAGCUCAGACUUUAGGAAAUAAACAAACUGCAAUGUCCCUGAGCAUUCCACAACCAGAGACUGCAUAGACUGAACUAAACUAAACUGUUCUUUUUUUUAAAACAUGUGAAAAGACUUCUCAAAUAUGUUGUGAACAACUACGAUGAGUAACAAGAGGGAUGUAACAAUGCAAUAAAGUCAUAAAUCAAUCCUAACCUUAAUCUGCUCCGGGCUCACUCCAGCUAUGCCUGAACAACUUUUGGGGUGAUCCAUUAGUCUGAUUCAAAUUCAGUGUAAUUCAAUUGGCCAACAGUAUGGAUUAAAAGGAAAAAAAGGUUGCAAAACAACUGAGCUACUAAAUGUACAACUGCACUAUGGUUUUAUGCUGUUUUAACUUUGAAAUAUGCAUUUUUACUGUAUAUUUAGGUAACCAUCUUUUUAUAUACAGACACAAGAACACCGGAGUUUUGUAUUUAAGAUUUAAUCAUUGAUCAAAGGCAAAGUAGUAUGUCUGUAACUAAGGUUUAAAACUUGUACACUAAUUAAAUACACUAAUCAGGUAUAACAAUAUGACAACCUGUACAAAGUUUCUCUUAAUGCAACAACCAGAAAUUGUAUUAAAGGUGCAGUAUGUAGCUUUGUUACAUUACUAUUAUUAAUGGGGGAUUUAUCAUUUCUUCAAUACUAACUUAUUUUGCUGUAUUAUGUACUGUGUUAGACCUGACAGCUGCCACAUCUUUAUUCUGUGUUCAUUUCAAGGGAAAGCGCCUGCGUCAGACGUCAUGGGCUCAUUUGUGGCUGUGCCAGUUAGAAAUAAUGAUAUUGAAAUGUGUUGCACUUUUGGACCAGCUGUGGUAUUUCUUUAGGGUUUACUUUUGUAUUUUAUCAAUA